GCGGCGUUCAGCCUGGCCGACCUGCAACUUGAAUCGUGCAGCACUCACUGCACACCCUUCCAGUUGUCAAUGCUAAUGCUAAGCAUUGCGGUCCUUGCAUGCUCAUUCCAGACUUGACUGGUGUAGAAAUGCCAGACCACCCAGGUAAGGCGAGGCAGGCAAUAUCCUUGCCCUCCGCAGACACGUCGCCGGCGGAUUGCCUUCACUGAAGUAAAGUCGUGUGUUGCCGAACCGACAUCAGCUUUGAACAGACGACUCCUGCCACGACGACAGAUACCUACACAAAACAUGCCGAACAAAAAGUCCAAGUCGAGCGCCUCCAAGGGCAGGACUGCUGGUCACUCUUCCUCCUCCGCUGCUCCUUCGCAACCGGUGGCCCCGUCGUCUUCCUCAUCAGCCCCGGCAGCUCAAUCGGAGGAGUUCAAGGCGAAGAAUGCUCGUGCCAAAGCCCUCAUCAUGUCGACCUUGGCGCCGGGCAGCGAGCCCUGGAAGAUUGCCGAAUCGCUCGAGCUGGCCUCGGACAUUUGGAAAGCGUUGGAAGAGAAGUACGCGCCCAAGGAGCGAGGCUCAGGAAGCGGUGGCGUGACCAACACCAACACCGGCACCAGCAGCGGCCCCAGCAGCGGCCCCAGCAGCGGCAAAACUGGCGUCGCCAGCCGGAGCAACACAGCAGAUGGCGGAGACAAGAAAGAAAUAAACAAAAAGCUCCCGCCGCCACCAGUUUCUUCAUCAGAUUUCAUAGGCGAUUGGGUCGAAGGCAAGCCGCUCGACAAGUAUCUUGACCUGUACAAGUCGGACAUUCUGGCAAAGGCCAAGUCAGACCUGGGCAAAGUCAUUGCCACGGCAAAUGUGAAAUUGGGUGCUCAGUCGCCUCAUAAUAUUAGACCUGAUCAGUUGCCUGUCCCGGACAACGCUUUCGUCCUGGCCAGGCUGAAGGAGUUGCUCGCCAUGAAACAGGCUCCCGGAUAUCCUCAAUCUGGACUCCCGACAAAUCUGAAAACUGCUCAUUCCACACCUCAAGCCGUACCGAAGGCAGCACCAUCACCACGGCCAGCCCCGCCUGCACCGCCAGCGCCAUCGACGGAGUCAGCAUCACCUGCACAGCCAGCACAGCCAGCUCCACCCACACUGUCAGCGCCGCCCAUCCCACCGUCAACACAUUCACCUCAAUGGAUCGCCAGUCCGGUCAGACACGACUCAUAUCUGAGUGAGAGUCAGGCUCUUACUUUUGCAUCGGGCGAUCUGGAGCGAAAAAAGCAAAUACAGGCUGCCGCCACAAAGGUGUUGAUGCAGAAACUGCCGACGCGCGACCUCCGCUUCCUCUGGGCCCUACUCUACGGCGGCGAUGACGCUCCUUGGCCGGGAUCGUGGUCGACGGUGAUUCCUGGCGUGACUCAAGCAGCAGCCCAACUGAAAGACUUGAAAGUGUGAAGGAGAAACGGAGAGGCUUACGAAGUAACGAUGUUCAUAUCCAAAAAAAAUACUCUAAUCACCCUGACAUAACUGUCUCUGUGGCAUUAUGAAAGUACUCUCCUCGGUUCGGUAGUGUUGGCAAAAUUAUCUCCAACCACUACUAUUAGCCACCAUGCACGAUCAUGCCAGCAAGACCCAUAUCCACAGCAUUGCCAGUACUAGCGAAUAUGCGGCCGGAGCCCUAACCACAGCGCACGCGCCGCUCUUUUCGCGGAUGUACGUGACAUUUUGCGCGAGUCCGACAAUAUCUCUGGUCGCAUGUCCUGUCUGUGCGAGCUGUCUGAGUUGAUCUCCAAAGACGGCCAAAAUAUUGGAACUCCGGCCAGUAGGACAGAAGACCACCUCAAAUCCGCUGCCUUGGGGGAUGAUGAAGGUACUCGUUUGGUCAUCAUACGCGUAGCUAUAUGCAUCCGGGCAAACCUUUUUGGCUUGUGUCGAGUACAGACUGGGGGAGCAGGUUGCUGGCGUACUAUGAUCGCCGGUACAACAGUACUUAGCUUUGUUCCACUUUGCACAGGCGCUGAGGCAUGGAUUGAAUACUGGUCGCUGGAUAUCAUCGUCGGGAUAAGGGUAGACGCCAUCGCCUGGCUUCGUAGGUGGCGCGAGUUGCAACAUCCAUGGACACCAGCUCUGAACGAAUGAAGGGGUCACCACCUGUUCCAGCGGGAGUGGAAAAGUGUCAUUCGUGCCGAAAACAACAUCAGGACUGUUGCCCAAAGGUGCCAAUAAAGAUGAGGUGCCGAUACAGACCGGGUUUGUCAGGUUGGGCGGAAUGUCGGCCAGGGUUGAAUUUCCGGACUCGUCGAGCAGUGCAAUGAUACCCAGCGGGAGAUUGUAUCCAUCGACCAGGGAGAUAUCAUAGAAGGACUGAUAGGUGUUGGACGACAUGGUGAACUCUGCCAACGUGGCCGGAGCUUGCCCCUAUACAUUCAGUGUCAGGUCCGAAGUUGCACUUAUGAGUCGCUAAUGCUCUCUAAUUUCGAAUGUCGAUCAGAAGAGCAUUGCUGAAGUGUUAUUCCACUCACCGCUCCCUGGCAUUCCAGAAACAUGCCGCAAUCGCCUGUCGUACAUGCCGCUCCUCCCUGACCAGUCGCCGGCCCAACCCCUGACAAAGGAAAACUGCAGUUUGUGCGGGCCCAGACCCUGCCCCUCCAGUCCCCGCUGACGGUCUGCGGGUUCGACUCACCCGGGCCAAGCAUGAACCCCGAGACUGCAGGGCCGACGCCGCUCUGUGUGAGGAUGGCUGGCCAAAUCGUUUCCGGACAGUUGUUGGUGACGCGCAGUGGGAGGACGACAUCGCGCGGAUGGAGAUGCAGGGGUGUGGACGCCAAUGUGAGAGAUGAGUGUAUGCACGUUACUAGUAGGGCGAGUAUCGACCUUUGAGGAACUUGAAGCGAUGUCGCCAUCGUCGUGGCUCGUGGAAAGAUCCAAGUCUUCCGUGUGCCGAAACAUGCAUGCCCGUCCGAAUGGCAUGUCAGGCGAUGGAAUCCAGUUCGCCUCUUUUGAUAUUGUCUCGUCAUGCCCUGGGGCUCAAAAGACAGCGGGAAGGUUGAGAAGGCGAUCGAGGCCGGGCUUGUUUCCAAAGAGUAUCCGCUACUUGCUCCAGUUGGUCCUGCGACAGGGACAGUGAGUGGAGGUGCAAUCGGGCCCUCUAGUGAUAGCUGAGGUUGUGCCUCGUUCGUAGACGUUCAAGGCCACAUUCAGAAGAGCCAGUCAGGUAGUGCCACUGGCUCACCAGGUGAAAGGUGCGUGGGUGGUGGAUAUGUACCAGGUAUUGAUAUAGGCUAUGUCUGCUUCAAUGUAGAAUCUAUCGAUGAUGGUAUACCCAAGCAGGCUGAUGGGUUACAGUAUGAGCAAAUCGUUCGUAAAUUCCAGCGGCAGUGGCGUUGGCAGUGGCGGUGACGGUGGUGCACUACAUAUUGUCGUAAGGAAUGGCCUGUGUUGAAGAAAGUGCAAUCCGCUCGCCGUGGAUGUUGGU